AUGGAUGAACACCACUUCGUCAAAGCCGACGAAGUGGACCAAACCGGCGCCGAUAUCAGCCCUGUCCCCGACGAACAGCUGAUGGAAGAAGUAGCCGAAGGCCUACGCCAAGAACAAGCUACCCAAAACAACACUUCUGCAGCAACUGACCUCCCGCCACAAACUGGGAGACCCAAGCGGCCAGAACUGCGUCGGGAAAGUUCAGCCCCCCCGCCGCCAUUGCAGCCUCCGCCGCCGGCUCCUGUUCAUCAGAAUGAGCAGAGGGCGCCGGAUUCGCUGAGUUUGGCUCAGCUGAGGCGGUUGAUGCAGGAGAUGCCCAGAGUUGAGCAGCCGGCGUAUGCUUUUGAGUAUGCGGAUGUGCAGCCGUUUGUGGAGGAGGUUGAGGAAUGGUUUCAGUAUAAUGAGUUUGAUCGUGUUAUGCUAAUGGGGAUGAGGUCAUCUUUUGAGCAUAGGUGGCAUGUUUUCUCCCAGGGUCAGAUUUCUAUUGCUGGGCCGCUGGCUUGGCUUGAGACUGAUGAUGGUGUGCGGAAGUCGUUUGUGGAGCAGGCGCUUAAGGACUUGCGGAAUGAUGAUUUGUAUGCGCGCAUCGAGGCCUUGGAAACGGUUUGCUAUGCAUUGACUGGAGUUUGGGGUGUUACGGCUGGACGAGCUGUGCCGGAAUACCCUGAAGAUCUAUCCCCGCGAACCGUUGAGCAGACUCCCAAGUUCAAGUCCUUGCAAAUCCAGUGGAUUGAAACCAGUGUCAAUUUGAUCCAGGAAUGCUCUGGUAUCGGGAUGCUGCUUGAAUACUUUGCGCGCAUCUUUGAGAAACAACGCACUCCAUCCAACUCGGAUUCUGAAGGCGCUGAGCCUGAGAACAUCAAUCCCGCCUCUCUCGCGGCAUAUGAGCGUGAAGCAAAUCUAGUACUCACGGCUCUGUAUCUGAUUGUCGAGGUUGGUCGAAGGCAAGAAGCACAAGACCCUCAGCAAACACCUGUGAGGGACGUGCUUCUCGAGUCGAAGCCAGACUUAUUGGUAUUCCUCGUUGAGAUCAUUGCGCGACUACGAUGGGAUGAGUCUGCGAAUGUACCGCUUACAAGGAUUAUCCUUUUGUUCUGGAAGUCGAUGCUCCUUCUUUUUGGCGGUACCGAUCACCUGAAAAAGGCGAAAGAGGAAUUGGAACCAGAUCACGAGGCGAACAAGAGUGACCCGUCGAGGCGGACUCCUUUUCUUACUGCUUCGCCUCUUGACUACCAUCUAUUCCGACAAGAGAUUACAUCGAAGUACCCUGCAUAUAGCCCACCUCCCGCGGUGGUUCCUGUGGAAUUAGAGAACAAUUCCAUACUUCCUCCUCUCCCUCAACAUCCCAACCGAGCAGGUAGUUCAGGCAGCUUGUUCUCUGGUGUCGGCCCUUCUAUGUCAGGCGGUAAUGGCUCAAUCCUCCACCAAUCAGUGCACAUUGCAACACCCGCGCCUUCUCCCCCACCAUCACCCAUCGGACCAGGCGGAAAGGCAGCGAAGAAGCAGAAUUACCAAACCAACCAAAACUUCCCCUUCAUGUACCCCCCACUCGACGAUUCCAGCAACUCCAUCGGCGGAAAGGGCACGACUGAACGCCAGGAUACGCUGGUGGGAAAGCGAUGGGACGGCAGCGACGUGCCCGCUUCUAUCAUCGAAGCUGGAAAGCUGUUCUCUAGCCAUGUGAAGAUGACGAGAGCCAUGCGCCAGUUAUGGGAAGAGCGGGAACGGUUUAUGAAAUACGACCGUGGCUGGAAUUUGGAUGACACGACUGAGCCUCCGGACCUGGAUCUGGAGGAGACUACUGAGAACUUGGGGGAUUUGUCGCUGUUGGAGAGGAAGCCUAAGUUCAAGUGGCCUUCGGAGAGGGAGACUUGUAAUGGGGAUACUCAAGGGCGGCUUGAUGCUGUUGAAUCGUUUUACACACAAGCUUUGGUUCAUCUGCAGUCUAUUACGAUAGUCUUUUUGAAGAUUAUCUUGACGAACGUCAGUGCUGUCGUUGGCCAGAAUGGUCAGAACGGGAGCAUGAUGAGCGAUGGAUACGGCUCGGUUCAAGGCCUUCCAGUUGGGCAGAACACUUUUGCUGAAGUUGCUAUUGACGAAUUCGACAACAUCCGACUCCGGGAGGUGACUGGAAAGGCAAUCUCCGGGUCUCUAUUGCUUCUGCUGAAGUGGUUCAAGAGAUCUCACAUAUUGAAGUUCGAGUACAUGACGCAGCUGUUGCUCGAUUCGAACUACCUGCCAUUGGUCUUGAAGAUGUUUGCUCAUCAAGACAUUGAUCAAGCGGUCGCGCAGAAGAAUGACCGUGAUGAUUUAGGGUUCUUCCACUUCUGUCGCGUCUAUUCAGACUGCCCAGAUGAAUUCCCAGGAAACUCCGACGAAGAAUCCGCCGGCAGCGAGGACGAAGCAAUCCCACCACCCAUCUCCCGAUACCGAGAAGAUCAAGACCCCGAGCGCGCCCCAUCCCCAGAAGAACACGAACCCGUCCCCGAAUUCAUCGAAGGCCAAAGCCGCCCUGAAGUCGACGAACUAGGCCACCCCACCGCACCACCACCCAAAGAGCCCAUCACCAUCUUCUCCUUCCGCAACUUCUUCUCCGCUAUCAACUUCCUGCACAUCAUGCAGAAGAUCACCCGCGACAAAGCCCACCGCUGCCUGUUGCUGGUGCAGUACAAAUCCAGCACAAUCCUCCGCAAGGGCCUCAAAAUCCCAGACCCGCACCUCCGCUUCUACACCCUAAAAUUAUUUAAGUCGCAAGUCCCCUAUUGCGGCCGCAAAUGGCGCCAAAGCAACAUGCGCGUCAUCACAGCAAUCUACCUCUACUGCCGCCCCGAACUCCGCGACGACUGGCUCGCGGGCUCCGACGUCGACGCAGAAGUCGACCAGGCGCUUCCUCUCGAACAAGCCCUGCGCGGUCUGACGCACUGGUGGCAUCUGCGCCGAUACACAGAUGUCAUGGGCGGCGACGAGGGCGCGAAUAUGAUGGAGGAGGAGAGGGAUUUCUUUACGAGGGAGUUGGAGAGUAUGGGAUGGGGUGUUGGGGGGGAUGAUGGAUUUGGGGGAGUGGAUGAGGGGGAGUUGACGGCGCCGCCUAUGAUGCAUGGGAAUGGGGAGUGGGAGGGAUCGGUGCCGAUGCAUGGGUCGUAUGGAGGGCAGAUGGAGGGGUGGUAG